GUGCGAUCACCGGUCCGCGUUGUGUCGCCUCUCGCAUCGUCGUUCGUUCUCGCUGCCGUGCCGCCGCCACGGCCCGCGUUUGUGGCCCGUCCGCCGCCGGAGGAGGCCGCGCAGUGAGGAGUGGUAGCCGCACAGCGCCGGCAGAAGGCGGCCCUCGGCGGCGGAGGACAUGGGCGCCGGGCCCCGCGUCGCAGCCGCCGCCCCGACCGGGACGCCGCCGUCGCCGCCGCCGCUGCUGCUGCUGCACGGGAAGAGGGCCGCGGCCGCGGGCCCGCGCUGCUGAGCCCACGACGUCGCCGGACCCAUGUCGGACCCCGACGACACAGGCGGGCGCGAGGCGGCGCCGUGCCCGGAGGUCGCUGGUCGCUGUCAUGAGUCGUGGUCGUCUCGCCGGUGGCCGUCGCUGCCCAACCUCGCGGCCGGGAGCCGCCCACGGCGCAGCUCGCCCGCCUGCUGCUGGGACUCGCCGGCAUCGCUCGCCGUACACACCGCCGCAGCCGCCGCAGUCGCAGGAGCAGGAGGAGGGCGAAGCAGCGGCUCGGGCCCUGGCGGCGGGAGCCGCACGAGCAGCGGCAGCGCGGGCCGUCCCUUGUCCAGCGCGUGGCACACGGCGCUGGGCGCCGCCGACGCCAUGAACACGCUGAGCAGCCAGCACAGCGGCGGCGGCGGUGGGGCGGCCGCCGCUGCCUCGGCCGGCCCGGCAGGGGGCGCCUCUGGCGGAGCCUCGUCACGUGAGCGCCGGAGGGCCCCGCGCAAGGGCCCCAAGCUGGUCGAGAGGCCCCUGCGGGCGCUCUUCUGCCUCGGACUCGGCAACCCGCUGCGGAAGCUCUGCAUUAGCGUCGUCGAGUGGAAGCCUUUUGAAUAUCUAAUUCUGUUAACAAUUUUCGCCAACUGUGUGGCUUUAGCUGUUUACACUCCCUAUCCCAACAGUGAUUCCAACCAAGUGAAUGCCACUCUGGAAAAAGUGGAGUAUAUAUUUCUAGUGAUAUUUACAGCCGAAUGCUUUAUGAAAAUUAUUGCCUACGGCUUCCUGUUACACCCAGGUGCUUACUUACGCAACUCGUGGAAUUUUCUAGAUUUCAUAAUUGUAGUUAUAGGUCUUAUCAGUACAGCCUUAUCCGCAUUUAUGAGGGAAGGCUUUGACGUGAAAGCGUUGCGUGCAUUCCGAGUUUUGAGGCCAUUGCGGCUAGUUUCUGGAGUGCCAAGUUUACAAGUUGUUUUGAAUUCCAUUCUGAAAGCCAUGGUGCCUUUGCUUCACAUCGCUCUCCUCGUGGUGUUCGUCAUCAUCAUCUAUGCCAUCAUCGGGCUCGAGCUGUUCUCAGGAAAACUGCAUCAGACCUGCUACAACAAUGCAACCGGGGAGUUCGCGGAAGAGGAGCCCCACCCGUGCGGCGAGUCGGGCUUCGUGUGCGACGCCAGCAAGGGUCACGUGUGUCGGGGCCCCUGGGACGGCCCCAACUUCGGCAUUACAAACUUCGACAAUUUCGGGCUCGCCAUGCUCACCGUCUUCACCUGCGUCACCAACGAAGGAUGGACGGGGGUCCUCUACAACAUCAACGACGCAAUGGGCAACGAAUGGCCGUGGAUAUACUUCAUCAGCCUCAUCAUCCUAGGAUCUUUUUUUGUCCUCAACCUUGUUUUGGGUGUCCUGAGCGGGGAGUUCUCCAAAGAGAGGGAGAAGGCGAAGGCACGCGGCGACUUCCACAAGCUGCGCGAGAAGCAGCAGAUCGAGGAAGACCUCCGAGGGUACCUCGACUGGAUCACGCAAGCGGAGGACUUAGAGGCCGACGACAAGGAGGCGGCAGAGGACCGGCUUACGAGUCAAGACACCGACCGGGAGCAACAGCGGGAAGGGGACACGGCGAGUGGCGACGUCGUGGUCCCCUCCUGGUGGACAUCCAAGAGCAAGCAGCUGAGUCGUACCAACCGGAGGCUACGGCGUGCCUGCCGCAAGGGCGUCAAGUCGCAAGCCUUCUACUGGAUCGUCAUCGUGCUCGUGUUCCUGAACACGUUGACGCUGGCGUCUGAACACCACACGCAGCCGCCCUGGCUGGACCACUUUCAAGACGUGGCGAACAUGUUCUUCGUGGUGCUGUUCACGCUGGAGAUGCUACUGAAGCUGUACAGCCUGGGUUUCCAGGGCUACUUCGUGUCGCUGUUCAACCGCUUCGACUGCUUCGUGGUGAUCAGCUCUAUCCUGGAGACGGUGUUCACAUACACCGACAUCAUGCCUCCGCUAGGAGUGUCCGUGCUUCGAUGCGUCCGCCUGCUGCGAAUAUUCAAGGUCACCAAGUAUUGGGCGUCGCUUCGGAACCUGGUGGCGUCGCUGAUCAACUCGAUGCGGUCGAUCGCCAGCCUGCUGCUGCUGUUGUUCCUGUUCAUCGUGAUAUUCGCGCUGCUCGGCAUGCAGGUGUUCGGCGGCAGGUUCAACCGCCCCACCGAGGACAAGCCGCGGAGCAAUUUCGACACCUUCUGGCAGGCCUUGCUCACCGUAUUUCAGAUCCUGACCGGCGAGGACUGGAACGUAGUGAUGUACGACGGCAUCAAAGCCUUCGGUGGUGUUGGCUCUUUCGGCGGGGUGGCCUGCAUCUACUUCAUUAUUCUCUUCAUUUGCGGCAACUACAUAUUGCUCAACGUAUUCUUGGCCAUCGCGGUAGACAACCUGGCUGACGCUGAAAGCCUCACUGCCAUAGAAAAGGAGGACGAGGAAGAGGAGGAAGGCGCCGAGGAAGACGAGGACGAGCGGCGCAAGCGGCUCCGCCAGGAGCGGAAGCGGCGCCUGAGGCGGCGGCGUCGGCGGCGGCGCCGGCGCGAGCGCAAACGGCGUCAGCAGCAGCAACAGCAGCAACGGCAGCAGCGGGACGCCGAACAGAACACCGGCGGGGCCAGCCAGGACGAGGCCUCGAACGAGGCGGGGAGGGGCGCGAACAACGGGGGUCACUCGCCGUCGGACAAGGCUGACGCCCUGGCCGGCCACAUGAACCAUGCACCGCUCAUCAAGAUAUCUAAGGAAAAACAAGACAAGACACAAGUACAAAUUACUGUAGAAGACACAAGUGCUGACGAUGGGAGCGCGAAAAACCCAGUUGACCAAGAGGAAAGCGACGAUGACGAUGAUGACGGUAGCGACGAGGAGGACGACGACGACGACGAAGACGACGACGAAGAUUACGGGGACGAAGAGGAGGACGUUGGGGACGAGGAAGACGAAGAAGACGAGGAGGAUGAGGAAGAGCUGGACGAGGAGGAGGUGGAGUCUGAUGAAGAGUCCGUCAGAUCGGCGCGCCCGCGCCGCAUGUCUGAACUCAACAUCAAGACCAAGAUCCGGCCCAUCCCCAAGGCCAGCUCUUUCUUCAUCUUCUCGCACGACAACAGAUUUCGUAUCCUCUGCCACAAGAUAAUCAACCACAGUUACUUUGGCAACUUCAUUCUUGUGUGCAUUCUCGUCAGCAGUGGUAUGCUCGCCGCGGAGGACCCGCUUCGCUCAAACACACACCGGAACACGAUUCUGAAUUACUUCGACUACUUUUUUACCACUGUUUUUACCAUUGAGAUCACGCUCAAGGUGAUAGCGUACGGGGUGAUUCUGCACAAAGGGUCCUUCUGCAGGAGUUACUUCAACCUCCUCGAUGUCCUCGUCGUCUGCGUGUCGCUCAUCUCGUUCGGCUUCGGAGAUGGGACCAUCUCUGUAGUGAAAAUCCUUCGUGUCUGUCGCGUGCUUCGUCCACUGAGGGCCAUCAAUAGGGCUAAAGGUCUAAAGCACGUAGUGCAAUGCGUCAUCGUGGCCGUGAAGACGAUCGGCAACAUCAUGUUGGUGACGUUCCUGCUCAACUUCAUGUUCGCCGUCAUUGGCGUCCAGCUCUUUAAGGGGAAGUUCUUUCGAUGUACCGACCGGUCAAAGCUGACACAAGCAGAAUGCCGGGGAAAGUUCAUCGUGUACGCCGAGGGCGAUAUAACGCGACCGUCCGAAGAGAGCCGGAUGUGGGAACAGAACAACUUCCAUUUUGACGACGUCCUCAAGGCCAUGCUGACGCUCUUUACCGUGUCCACCUUCGAAGGGUGGCCCGACCUCCUGUACGUGGCCAUCGAUUCGAAUGAGGAAGACCACGGCCCGUUGUACAACUAUCGGCCCCUAGUGGCAGUGUUCUUCAUCGUAUACAUCAUCAUCAUCGCAUUCUUUAUGGUGAACAUCUUCGUCGGCUUCGUUAUUGUGACCUUUCAAAACGAAGGCGAGCAGGAGUACAAGAACUGCGAACUCGACAAGAACCAAAGGAACUGUAUCGAGUUCGCACUCAAAGCGAAACCCGUGCGGCGCUACAUCCCAAAGGCCCGCUUCCAGUACAAGAUGUGGUGGUUCGUCACGUCCCAGUAUUUUGAGUACGCGCUCUUCGUGCUCAUCAUGACCAAUACCCUCACCCUUGCCAUGAAGUUCUACGGCCAACCCGAAUCCUACACGUACGCCCUGGAUGUCAUGAACAUGAUUUUCACCGCCGUUUUUGCCCUCGAGUUCGUCCUAAAAAUUGUGGCCUUCAGGUUCAAGAACUACUUCGGCGACGCGUGGAACGUGUUCGACUUCAUAAUUGUGCUGGGCAGCUUCAUCGACAUAUUCUACUCCGAAGUAAACCCGGGAACCAACAUCAUCAGCAUCAACUUCUUCCGACUGUUCCGCGUCAUGCGCCUCGUCAAGCUACUCAGCAAAGGCGAAGGCAUCCGAACCUUGCUCUGGACCUUUAUCAAGUCCUUCCAGGCCCUACCCUACGUCGCCCUUCUCAUUGUGAUGCUCUUCUUCAUCUAUGCAGUUAUUGGAAUGCAGCUUUUUGGUAAAAUUGGUUUGGAGAAUGACGAUAGCGCCAUCGACCGCAACAACAAUUUCCAGACAUUUCCGCAAGCCGUUCUGGUGCUCUUCAGGUCAGCGACUGGUGAGUCGUGGCAGGAGAUCAUGCUGUCGUGCCUGAACACGGAUGACGUCCGUUGCGACAAGUCCUCCGAGGAAGGCGACCAGGCCCCUUGCGGCAGCGACGUGGCGCUCAUCUACUUCAUCUCCUUUUAUAUCCUCUGCUCCUUCCUGAUCAUCAACCUUUUUGUUGCCGUCAUUAUGGAUAACUUCGACUACCUGACCCGUGAUUGGUCGAUCCUAGGACCUCACCACUUGGAUGAGUUUGUUCGCCUGUGGUCGGAAUACGACCCGGAUGCCAAAGGGCGCAUCAAGCACCUGGACGUGGUGACGCUACUGCGGAAGAUCCAACCCCCUCUGGGAUUCGGCAAGCUUUGCCCCCAUCGGGUCGCCUGCAAGAAACUAGUAUCAAUGAACAUGCCGCUCAAUAGCGAUGGCACAGUCAUGUUCAACGCCACUUUGUUUGCUGUAGUUCGUACUUCGCUCAAGAUUAAAACAGACGGGAAUAUUGACACUGCCAAUGAAGAAUUGAGAGCCAUCAUAAAGAAGAUCUGGAAGAGGACCAGCCCCAAGCUACUCGACCAAGUGGUGCCGCCCGCAGCGGACGAUGAUGUGACGGUGGGGAAGUUCUACGCGACCUUCCUGAUCCAGGACUACUUCCGGAGGUUCAAGAAGCGCAAGGAGGAGCGAGCAUCGCAGAAGGAGCCCAACGAAAGCACCGUCGCCCUGCAGGCGGGCCUCAGAGAAUUACACGAGAUGGGGCCUGAAAUCCGGCGCGCUGUAUCCGGGAACCUGGACCAGGAUUUCGAAGAAGGUCAAGACAAUGAACCGAUGCACCGACGCAACCACACCCUGUUCGGCAGCAUGUGGUCGUCGAUGCGGGCCGCGAGCCGGCCGCACAGCGGUGUGUCGGGGGCGACGCGCGUCCCGCCGCCGCAGGGCUACCAGCACGCUAGGGUCUCGCCGACGGCCUCGCUCGACCACCGGCUGCCGCAGCGCGCAUCCAACCACGUGCAGCUGCGUGCGAAGCACGAUGGCACCGUGGCCUCGCCGAGGAGCCCUUCCAGUUCCACACGAAUGCCCUGCUUUCGUGCCCACUCUCUUCCUGCAUGCGCCUCGUCGACCGAGGACCCCGACCAGUGCGGGGCGCCCUCUUCAACGCCGUCGGCCACGACUCGACAGGCACCGUCGGUGUCACCCAGCAGCUCGCCGCUGCACGUGGCACCGGGCGGUUCGUCGGCUGCGGGAAGCUCGUGCGCCGGCAGCAGCUCGCUAUACGGCGAAGACGAAGACGACGACGGCCGCAGGGGUGCCGCCGCCGAGACCAUCCCCCUACGCUCGCUGCGGCGAUCGCGCUCGGCACGCCAGCCGUCCACGACCACGAGCAGUGGGUCACCGGCGUUCGGCGCCAGGGCCUCGUUUCAGCCGGACUUCUACUUCUGUCAACCCCACACAAGCGGCGAAGAGGAAGACGGCGCGGUCGGUCGCGCGCCCACUCCGCCCCCUCGUCGAGGCCUGGUGGGCGCGGUGCGCGCGGGCAGCUUCCGGCUGCCGUGCCUAAGCAAGCAGGACAGCCACGAGCGACCCAUCCUGAGCUGCAGCUCGAGCUCGCACGACACGCCACCGCCACCGCUGUUCCGGCCGUGCUCGUCGGGCCUGCUGCGAGCGGGCACAGAGCCGUCGUCAUCGUCUUCACUGCAUCCAACCAUGCACAGGAUCGCCGCCUCGCUGCGCCAGGCGCCCCUGCCGGCCAUGGCCGUCGCGGGAUUGGCUCCCGGAAGCCCGCCCGCUUUGCUGAGGGGGUCGAGCCCGCCUCCGGGACGCUUCCUGCACAGGGCAUCCUACCAUGGCUCGUCGCGGGGCAGCCCUGGCCUAGACCAGAACCACCUGACGAGCGGUGCGCCGAGGAGACCCGAGGACUCGCCCAGCGCCUUCGUGGGAAGCGCCGAGAACCUCGUUGGACGGGUUCUUCACGAGCAAGGCCUGGGCAAGUACUGCGACGCCGACUUCGUGCGGGCCGCUCAGCGAGAGCUGGCUGAAGCCUUCAACCUGACCCAGGAGGAAAUGGACCGGGCGGCGCACGAGAUUCUACAGGCUGAACGCCGCCGAAGCAUGCCGCAGCUGCAUCGCCCGGGCCACGGCGGCGGCGACGACUAUGUCGCCACAACGAGUCCCACGGAUGAAAACGCUGCCGCGCACGUCGAGCUGCCUGUGGUGGCCACAUCGCCGACGGAGAACAGAAGCCCACCUGCGGAGCAACGGGCCGACGUUGCCGCGACGUCCCCGACGCGACCCCAGUCCCCAGGACAGCCGUCGGCCAACGGCAAGACUGGAGGCUUCAGGGACACGCCCUUAUAGCGGCGGCAGCGACGACCUCCCACAAUUGUCCGGGCCUACCAUUUGGCUGUUCAGUGACAACGGCGACAGCAGCAAGCGUCAUCGCGGCAGAAGGCGGCGACGACAUCUGCCCUGGAUCGCAACGACAGGUGUCCACCUUUGUGGACAGUCGAAUAUACCAUCCAAGAGCCGUUCCUCGUCGGCAGUGCCUGCGACGUGCCACCAGGGUCGCGCGGAACGUCGUCUUCUUGUAGUGCCCAACAUCAAGCGAUUACGUGAUUAGUCUCGUUGGUCCUGUCCAAUGCGCCCGGUGGGGACAAUGUGUACGCGGGCGCAUUGGGUUCGGAUUUCGCCCUUUCUUUUUUUGUGAUGGUGGUUCGUGCCACCUGGAGCAACAGGCGGCAUCCCUAAUAGUCCUUGUCCGAUUUGUUCCGUGGCAGUCGUCUUCGAGAACCACCGCCAUAGAGUCACGCCCGCAGCCUCUUCGCAAGGACGGACUACCGCAUCACAACCUCUUUCGAGACUACGUUCGUCGCCCUUCAAUCAAACUCAUUUUCCACGAAUCUCCGUGAACGGGAACACAACGUGACUUUCUGGGCACUUCCAGCGAAGAGGACUUUAACAAACUGUUCAUCGAAUGACUGUCUUUGCUCUCUGACGCUUUUUGAAUAGACAUGGCAUCCGAAUAGGAAUGCGUUCAUUGACCCAGUGAAGAGUUCAAGAGGACUUCAUGCUCGAGAGCCCGAGCGCAGCCGUAGAAAGAAGAAGAAAAAAAAGAACGCUCCCUGUCCAUUUGCGCGCGCUUAGCUUUUUCAAGCCCCUGCUACCCCACCAUAGAAUAGCUGCAUAGUUCUCUCUGUGGGGCCGUGUACAUAGCUGUACAGUCGUCAGAAGGGUCUUCGCAGAAGUCGACCUGUCGUGUGAACACUCCAGUGCCUUUUUCUCUCUCUCUCUCUAUCUUACGCACUUUUUUCUCUGUAGAGCGAACGGGGGCCUGUAGGACGUAAUUACGGCUGCAUUUCAAUGGUUGUGUGCCCCGACAAAGCACUCGAGCCUAAACCACACAUCGUUCUUCGUUUUCGUUUCGGCAUUCGUGCCGCCAGCACCACUUGUUCUCGAAACCAGCGAUGUGUGCUGGACUAGAACACUACACCUGGAAGAACGCAUCGCUGUGUGACCCUCCAUGCAGGUGGAGGUAUUGUUCCUUCGCCAGCACGUCCAGCGAUUCCUGGCGGCUUCCGGCCGAAGGUGCAUUUCACGGUGGAUUCAGCUUGCUUCUCAUCGUACGGGCUUCGGUGUGGACGUCUACAGGCAUUUGUGACGAAAGCUGGUGUGCGUGCGUGCGUGUGUGCGUUUCUGUGGCGUUUCCGUUUAUUUGCUUCGUCGAUUGUUUGUGCUCUGAGCCCUCAAGUUUUUUUUUAGACUGGGCGCCAACUUCAAGGGAGAUCGGAUCCUCGUUCUUUUUUUUUAUUUCCCUCCUUCGAACACUUUCUCAUGCAGCUGCGCCAGCCCCUCGUUUUGUGGUCCGUACGGACAACGACGCAUUGUUUACGAGUCGUUAUACACGCAUCUUGUCAAGCUUCUUACUCGCUUUCUGGCACGUGUAACACAUCCGCUUUGUAUAUCUGUGUGUGUGUGUGUUGCCCUUCCUCUCUUGAUUCCACGCUUUAUGUGUACUUCACGCGUGGGAAGAACAUUUUGAAGACAGGAAAAGAAAGCUCCGACCUACAUUUGGAAAGAUGUUAUGCCCUUUAUGGUGUAACUUUGCCCGACAACAGCAAUUUUGAUAAUUAGGUUGGCGUUUUAAGUUAUAAUUCCUGUAGCGAGAAGAAUGCUUAAAUAGGGCAUAAGGAUAGCGGCGCUUGUCGAGGUUGUUCGAACAGCUAUCCCUCCUUAUUGCUGAAGUACCGUCAGUAUGUACACGCUGCGUAGAAAGCAUACAAGAAGUAGAAAAUAGUUUAUACGUAUGGCCAAACUCAAUUGCAGUAUUACAGCUAACAGGAAGCAGACUAGGCUUCGACGACAAUAGAGAAAAGCCAUUUCUUUUGUCGUGCUAGUCCAGGCGCGCGCUAUCAUUUGUGCCGUACUAAUUAGCGGAAUCGUACGCGCUGCUCAAAUACAGUAGACUAAAAUACAGUACACCAGUGAAAGUAUAGGAUGACAUUCAAGCACAUUAUCACAUUCCUAGCAGACAGAUUAUGUGAUUAUUCGCGCUCAUCAUUGCAGUUUUUCCUAAUGUUCCCACUGAUUUGCUUCCUUGAUCACUGCCGGGCGUUUUCGCACUCGAUGUACCCGCUAAACGAUGCUAUUUUUCUUCUUUUACUUUUUUGAAAAUUGUUGUUGUGGGUCAGAAUUACACCCCAGAAGAAGUGUGACAUUUUUCGGAGGUGUGUGCGUAGAAAUCUUGCUCACAGGAAUCAUUGAAGAGGUAACAGCCGCGUAGGCAUUGAAAUUUGUAACGCUUUUAACCAGACUGCAGAUGUAGAAGUAUCUUCUCUCAUCUUGUGUAUUUAUCCAACAGCCAUCGUGUUGUGAGACGGAUGUGAAAUUACGAGGUCUGUGCCGUGUCGGUGCAGAUGUCGCAAGUUUGUGCGUGUUUAUUACAUUUUGCAAGGCGGCUUCUUCGUUAUAGAAGCUUGCAUGAACACGGGCCCAGCGUAAUCUUUUUUUUUUUUCGCAGGCUUCAGACAGCGAAGCUGUUUCGCGCGUUGGCCAUGCCUCCAGGCUGCCCUGUUUGUUCUUGUUGCAGCGCUAUUUGCCCAUGCCCGCUGGAAAGUGUGACAGGACGUUUCUGGAGCGCUACCUUAGGCCAGCCAGGUGCAUAUUUCCGCGAGCGAGUUUUUUACGGAGCACUUGCUGGAUAAAAUUGCGGAUGUGGUACAGCAUGACAUAGUAGCAUCUGUUACUUUUGUGGCAAGUUUUGCAAAUCUGUACUGCCUCAUCUCGUGCUUCAUACAAAUUUGCUGCGGAAGCCUAUAGUAAACCUCCGGCUGACUGAACCAGGUAGAGUAGUUUUAACACCUGAACUUGUUUGGCUCUCUCGGUCGACAUGUGGUAUGUAUACUUUCCGUAGUCCGCACAGCAAGCAAGUUUUUUAUUGGAUAAAUGGUUUCUUCAGAUUCUUCUAAACCAAGACGUGAGAAUACUUGCGAGAAGUCCAUGAAAAUGACAGGUACAAUUAUCUCCGCGCCAUCGCCAAUCUAAUGCAACUGCUGCAGAUUUAUUCGCCGGAUCGUAUUCCCGAUCCUGUAACAUUAUGCACCCACGUAUCACAGAAUCUUCUCGAGCUGUUCAGCUACUUAAUCGCACGUUCAACGAAGAGCUGCAGGAUAUUCGUUAUUAUGGAGUAAUCCCGGAGAAGGACCAAAAACAGCAAACUAAACCGAUUGUAAAUUAUUGCGCGGCUCACAAAUGCAGAACCCCAAUUUAACAUUUCGGUGCAACGAUACCGACAUACCUAGAGAGAAAGAAGAGGACAAAUAUAGAAUGUCGAGACACAGGUAUGAAAUACUAUUGUUCCUAACGUACAUUAGCGCAGUCGGCUGAAAAGAUACAAACGCAGCCAAACACGAGCGUUUUGUGUCCGUGCCUGAUCAACACUUUGCAAUCGUAUACCUUAGAUGGAAUGCGAGACCAACAUUCAGUGAAAUAAGGCUUCACGUUUCGCGUGCUUUGGCUUGCGUGAAAGGCCAGACCCAUCUCCUUGUUUCUGUUAAUGCACCAAGACCUCAGUUAGCGUACCAAAAGACGUCCUGUCGCAUUUAUCAAGUGGAGAGCUCUUGUUUCCUCAUUAGGACUCCUCGUGUGUUGUGCUAGCACAGAUUGCGGCUGCGUAGAAGGCGGUUAUCGAGCGUUUCUGCAAACGCCGCCUGGCCCUGCGCCGCUUUUCUCCGAGAGGAAAAAAAAAAGUGCCUAUCCCCGCGCCCUGUAGCCAUGUCAUUGAAUGCGUGCACAUGUAGAGCUGUUUCUGCGAUAGGUCGGUAAUAAGGAAAGAAAACAGCGAAGCGGCGCUUUGCUUGCGCACACGUGCGUUUUACUUAGCGGGAGCGCGCGCAGACUAGACCGUGCGAUCGGCUGAGGAAGGCUUUAUUGUGGAUAUACGGAAUUGCGAUAAUGAACCUAAAGAAGUUUGUAAAAUCUCGCUUGCUUGGUUGCGAGAGAAGAGUUGUGACGAAGUGCACUGGAGCGUUGCACAACUGUUUUUGCAGCGUUAUCUCGGGCACUAGUGCUAGCUAUAACGUCCAUCGCUCACACUUCUUCUGGCAAGCUUUACUGAAACUCGAGAGAAGUUUCAUAAAAUAAGAGAGCGAGUGAACAGAUGGCGUUGCGUGCCUUUUGUUCCCGAAUUCUUCAGACGGCAUCAUUCGGAAUAUGGUCUAGGGUCCCUUUUAACCCUUCCCCUUUGUUUGUGGAAGUGUGAAACAAGGAAUUUUCACGGUGUGGGUCCUUGCGAACUCUCGGUAAUAUCAGCUGCGUCGAGAGAGACAUCUUUCCAAAGCACUCGCGUCACGGAUCACGUUGAAAGCACAUAGCCUAGACGCGAGAGCCUCAAAUGUGGCUUCAAAUAGUGCAAAAGCAACAAGAACACGAGGAAAAGACAAUCAAACGUCAGCGACAACCCCAAGCCUGUUCUUCGUGUCCGAGUUACUUUAUCGCUGCAUGAAAAUACGCUCUCAUUCCAACUACCACGAUCGCAAUGAUUGCUUCACCAGGCCUCCUACGGCAUUCUCUCGUAGUGGCUCUCAGCGGUUGAGAGACUAACUACCUCGGACAACUAGGCAUAAAGUCGCAGCCUUCAGCAGCGGACCGCAUGGCCUCUUGCGCGCGCGCCCCCACGCGGCCUCUCCAAGAAAGCGCUUCGGCGUUGCCCUCCCAUUGCGUCCGCACCAGCCAGCCGCCGAAGAACGUAUAUACCCGCGUUUUUUGCACUUUUUAAUGCCAAAGCGCUAAGCCCAUCCCCUUUGGACAGAGACACUGCUCUGCGCGCGGUAGGUUUGCAUAGGCUACGUAUCCCGUUGUCAUUUUAGCCGCAAGGCGUGUUGAUGGUUGCGAAGAACGAGCGAUCUGGCGAAGGUCCCCGAGUGACGACGGUUUUCCCGUUGCUUCUUUCGGCACGCACAGAAGCUUUUCUUUCUUUCUUGUUAGGGCCGGACACGCCAGCUUUCUGUCUUUUCAGAGCGGGCAUCUUGUUGUUCACCCUUUGUCACAUCGAGCGGCGGCACGUGAACACUGACACAGGACCAGCAUUUUGCGCGCUGGUUUUCGAAGAGUGAAAGUAAACGUUUGGGGUUAAAGUUGUGGAUUAACUGGCGAGUGUUAAUGUGCCGUGGCACGCUGUGGUGGAGAAAUGCCUAGUGGGUGCACUCCAAGCCCGCUGGUUUCUAAUUCGUGUACUGUCUUACCAUUUUUAGCGCUAUGCGCCCAUGGCGCAG